CAAUGCAAAAAAUGGUCAAAACAAUCGGAACUUUGUUGUGCCUGCUCUGUGGGCUGAUCACUACGAUGAACGCCACGGGUAUAAAUCUGGAACUACCACAGAACUACCAGAUAGAGCGCGUGGACUAUCAACAGAUCAGAAAGCUGCAGUCGCUUAGCCUGGAAUUCACGCAAUACUUUCAAAAUAGAACUGUGAAGGACCUGGAUAUAUUCAACACACGGGUGCCCAACAAAGACGAUCUGCAGUGCAUGGCCGAUAUGGGCCGAUGGAUGAACGAUCUCACAUCGGGCCGUCUGUGGUCCAUGAAGAUGAUCGAUUCCUGGGGCUCUAUACCAUCGGGCAUAUUCUAUUUGAAUUUCUUGGAUAUGGGCAACUAUGGUGAAUGCAUCAAGAUCAGCAAGGAAGUGAGCAGCGGCCAUUCGAUCAAGGGCAAAUACUGCUUUACCGAGAUACCCAUUAUGCAAAUGUUGGGCAUCCCCUCGGACAAGAAACUUAGGAUUGGCAUUUGCUUUCCUUCUAGUUGUUCGCCUGGACAUAUGGACAUAUUUCUUGGUAAGGUCAUUCAACAAUUGAUUGGCUUGAAUAGCACAACGGGCUUGGUGAACGAAAAGACCUGUCGGACCAAGGAACGAGAACCUUUGGAUGGCAUUGCUAUAUUGACUAUUGUUCUCCUAUCUAUAUUUGCUGCCUUGGCUUUGCUAGCCACCUUAUAUGAUUAUUUCCUAUGCUCGGAUCAAGUGCAAAUGCCUGCUUUGAUCAGAGUCUUCUCCAUACGAGCUACAUCUCGUUCACUCUUCCGCAUUACCCCGCCGAAGUCGAAUCCGAAUGUUAUCGAGUGUCUGCAUGGCAUACGCUGUCUGUCCCUCAUCUGGGUAAUCUUCGGACAUGAAUAUAUGCUCAAUGCCAAAGGUCCCAAUGUCAAUGGGCUAGGCUUCAUCUACUGGGCUGAAAAACCCUUUGCGCAGUUGAUAAUUCAUGCCUUCUUCUCUGUGGAUUCCUUCUUCCUAUUAAGUGGUCUACUCGUCGUUAUGGUUGCACUGCGUGCCAUGGAAAAAACCAAGGGCAAGCUGAAUGUGCCAUUGAUGUAUCUGCAUCGAUAUCUACGUCUCACUCCUCUGCUGGCUAUGGCCAUAUUGGUCUACAUGAAAUUGAUGCCUCGCAUGGUAGAUGCUCCUCUGGCUAAUGAAGGCUUCGGAGACUCUGAGAAAUGUAAAAGCACUUGGUUCUGGACGCUGCUCUAUGUUCAGAACUAUGCUACCAAGGAAAUUUGCUUGGAUCACAGCUGGUAUCUGAGCGUAGAUAUGCAGAUGUAUAUACUCUCACCAAUAUUGCUCUUUGCACUCUACAAAUGGGGCAAGAAGGCAGCCAUUGGCACAGUGGUCCUUAUCGUGUUACUAACCGUCUGGCUUUUUACUGUCAUGAUGGUCGGAAAGCAUUCCGUGUUUAUGAAAAAUGAGGAUAAUUCGCAAACUCUGCUCUAUUUCUACACCCAUCUGCACGCCACUCCUUGGUUAGUUGGUGCCGUCUUUGGCUACUUCCUACAUGUGAAUCGUGGCAAAUGCUUCAAGCUGAAUCGCCUAAUGGUCUGGUGUGGCUGGCUAAUAGCGCUGGCCAUAUUUUCUGCCUGUCUAUUUUCAUUGCUGCCAUAUGUUAAGUGGAUUGGCCGGGACUUGUCGACAUUAUCCGAUUCGCUCUACUAUUCUCUAACGCGCAUUGGCUGGCCCAUAGGUCUCUGCUGGGUGAUUUUUGCCUGCAUGCAGGGCUAUGGCGGCAUGGCAAAUAGUUUCCUAUCCUCACCGCUGUGGCAGCCGCUGUCGAAGCUCUCCUAUUCCGCCUACAUAUGGCACAUGUUCAUGGAGGAAAUUAAUGCCAGACGUUAUCAGUCCAAUACCUACUUCUCCGACUACGAAAUGAUGCUCAAAUUCUGGGAGGACUUCGGCUUUACUAUACUCAUUUCCUAUCUGACGUACAUCAUCUUUGAGGCACCAUUGGGUGGUUUGGAGGGCUUGCUUCUGCCCGCUCGAAGACCCAGUCCUAAGCCAGCAAACGAUGCACAGCCCAAGCCAAGGGAGGGCUCCGGGUCAGUCAGUAAUAAUCAACCGCAGCCACAGCUGGCGAACGAUGUGGAAGCAGCUCCAGAAGCCUCUUCCACUGCUCCAGCUCUGAGCACAUAAGCUUAUAUAUAUAAU